CUUGUAUUGCCUCUUCAAACCCCUCAUUUUAGUUCCCUUUUAAUCUUUACUCCUUGUUCCCACAGCAGCACGUGUCAGGAAGUCGAAGUGAGCGGAGAAGACCUCUCAAUAUCACAACAAGACAUCGAAACAGAGGAAGCAGGUGCUGAGGAUUGUGGGAUAUCAGAGCCAGAUGAGGGGAAAAUGGACGGUGUGGAAAGAGAAGAAGCGAGCGAUGACGAUUGGAAGCCAGACUUGAGUAGUGACUCUGGAUUGUGUUUAUCAAAGACUAAAAAGAAAGGAAAAACCAAACUCUCGGGUUUAAAAACCGAGAAAAGUGUGGAUGAUUUCACCUGCAAAGUGUGUGGAGCGCUGCACGAAUUGGAAAUCGCGUUAAUCAAACACGCCUUGAGUCACGUGGACAAAACGGGAAGUUUUUGCGGUGUUUGCGGAGAGCAUUCAGAGUCGAUGACGGAUCAUUUUGAAAGCCGACACAAAACCCACGACUGUCACAUCUGCGAAGAGUCUUUUCUCAGUUCUCUUGAUCUCGACGAGCACGUGGCCGCCCACUCGGGGCAGAAACCGUACGAAUGCGAUGUUUGCAAAGACGCUUUUGCAUUGGAAGUCUCCUUAGAGAAUCACAAGCAGAUGCACGAGAAUAAAAAGUUGCACCUCUGCGGAGUUUGCGGUAAAUCCCUCUGCGACUUCCGAUCGCUUUCCCGCCACAAGAUGACGCACUCCGGUGAGAGACCUCAAGGUUGUCAGGUGUGCGGGAGGCGUUUCAAACUCCCCGGGACGCUGAGGCAACACGAGAAGAUCCACACGGAGAGAAAAAGAUCGUACCUCUGCGACGUUUGCUGCAAGAUGUUCCUCACGAGCAAGGAGCUGCAGAUCCACUUGCGAACGCACACCAACGAGAAGCCGUAUCACUGCGGGGAAUGCGGGAAAGGAUUCUCCACGAAAGGCUCGUUGACGAUACACAUGCGUGUCCACACUGGAGAGACACCGUACAGCUGCCCCGACUGCGGAUGGUCCUUCAAACGAAAGAUUAAUCUGGAUAACCACGCCACGGUGCAUUCGGGCGCCAAACCGUUUGUUUGCACGAUUUGCGGGAAAGCGUGCGCUCGCAAAACGUACUUAACGGUCCACAUGAGGACGCACAACGGAGAGAGACCGUACAAGUGCACCUUCUGUGACAAAGCCUUCACUCAGAGCCACUGCCUGAAGACUCACAUGAAGAGCCACAAGGGGGCGGAAGCUGCAACGUGACGCUGAAAAUGGAUGACAUUUUAAUGAAUAGUUGUGUUUCCCGCUAUUUAUUUAUCUGUUUUUCAAGUUAUGUGAAGAUUCCUGUACACUGGGCAAAGUUCAUUGCAUGUGGGAGAAAUAAAAUAUGAAUGUGCAAUAUCAGUUUUGAUGCUGUCAGAGGAAAUUAGUACCUGGUGAAUUGCAGUUUAUUUAAUGAUCUUAAUUAGUAAUCAGAAAGAAGUAUUCAGAUCCUUUACUCAGUAAAAGUAUGAAUACAGAAAUGCUUAACUACUCUUAAACAAGUAAAGAUUCUGCAUGACCGUAUAACAAAAACAGUCUAGUUUAAGUAUUAAGGUAAAACAUACUGUUUAUAUUAUUAUGACAACAUUAGUUUAAGGUUUUCAGACUUUUUCAUGAAGUCAUUUUAGAGGGUAACAUUCUGAGGCCAUGGUUCUCAGCAGGAAACUGAUGGACCGUCUACUCCGAGUAGGGAGUGAGUCCUUACCCCAAAUUAAAGAGUUCAAGUAUCUCUGGGCUCUUGUUCUUACCCUCAACUAUGAUCAUGAAGAGGGGUCAUGACCGAAAGAACAGGAUCGAGAAUACAAGCAGCCAAAGUGGGAUUUCCUCCAGAGGAUUACUGGCAUCUCCCUUGGGGAUAAGUUGAGGUCAGUCAUGGGGCACUCAGAGUAGAACUGCUGCUCCUCUGCGUAUACUUCUGAAAUGUAAAUCAACUCUGUUGUUUUUUUAAGUCUCAGAAGCCAAACAUUUUGGAAAUGACUGCUUGUUUUGUAUUUUAUCUUAACUUCU